UGUUCGUGGUCAAGUUUACUCAUCUUUUACGUCUCAGUACUAGUGUCAAACAUAUUCUGAAUGUGCUGAUGUGAAAAAAAACAUAAUUUGAGCUGAUUAUUACGCGCGGGGAACGGGACUCGUUUGUGUAUGGUUGUGUUUUAUUAUCAUUUAUAAUGAUAAAUUUGGAAUUAUGACUGCACUGUGAUACAUAGGAAAUUAAUUGGUUUCGGGUUACGUAUACAUGUAUACUUAUUUCUAGCGAUGCUUUAAGCUUGCAGAUCAUGCAUUAAAUAUUAUGCAUUCACACAGUUUUGCUUGACAUAUUUCUAUUAAAAGUUCACAUGUUCAGUUCCAUCUGUACAAAAUUUCGUAUUGACAUGGUUCUAGUGAGAGUAUGCUGUACGCCUAUAUGAAAUGCAUAAAUUAAGACUUCCCGUUAAAGUUGAAUUGCCUGCUGUGCUAACAAGGACGCCAGCUAUCAACCCUGUUCAGAUUGGCAUACAUAAAUAAUAUAUUAGCAUAUUGAGGAAUCAAAGUUAUCAUUAAAUGAGCACCACAGUUAAUAAAACUUUACAGCUAGUUUUGUACAUAUGUCUUUCUAUCUAAUGUAAGUGUACAGGAUGAUAUUGGACCCCAAGACUACAAGUCAGCAUAGCGAUUACGGCAGUUUCGAUAAACCAUUAGGAGGGGUGAAGGAACACGACAGCCACACUGACCCAGUUGUGGAUGGAACCCAUAGUGGAAUGGCACAAUCCAGUGAUGUUUAUCAAAGGCAACCUUUGCUUCCUAGUGCAUCUGCCAAAAGUAAAGAAAAAUGGGGAGUAUUAAGUUCAAAUUCUAGUUACUACAAUGACGAUAAAAUCGAUGAACUAAAUCAUGAGGGACAUCCUGGUAUUCCCGAUAUAUCGAAUAGUGGCAUCGUUAAAUUAGAUAUACCUGCUCCUUUAAGAGAGGAACCUAGGUAUCCGAAAGAAAAGUGGAAAACAUUUCUGGCUUUCCUGUUUAUGGUUGUAAACUUUAUAUGUACGACUGCAUCUCUUGCCAUGGUUCAUGAACGAGUUCCAGAUCGCAACAUUUAUGAGCCGCUUCCUGAUGUAUUUUUAGAUAAUGUGACCGCACAAGAUUGGGCCCUUAAUGUUUCGGAAGUUAUGAUUAUGAUAGCAUCUAAUUCGGCCAUGAUUUUAAUCAUCUUUCACAAACAUAGAUUCAUUGUCGUAAGACGGAUAUUUCUUCUAUUGGGACUACUAUAUUUAAUGAGAAGUAUAACUAUGUAUGUAACGGUUUUACCAGUGGCGAGUAAAACUUAUUUCUGUAGUCCAAAGGCCAACAACACAAGCCCUCUACUAGUGACAAAACGGGUUUUCCAGUUAAUAUCUGGUUUUGGUUUAUCCAUAAAUGGAAAGCACACUUAUUGUGGAGACUACAUUUAUAGUGGCCACACCGUUAUACAUGUAUUGAGUUAUCUAAUUAUUAAUGAAUAUUCCCCAAAAAGGUGCCUGCCAUUACAUUGGCUCACUGGAAUGAUGGCGUUUACAGGAGUUAUUAUGGUGUUAGUUGCCCAUGGUCACUAUACUGUUGAUGUGCUUAUAGCAUACUAUGUUACGACGCGUUUAUGGUAUAUUUACCAUACGCUUGCAAAUAACAAUUAUCUAAAGCAAAAUGGUCCAAAUAAUUUUUUUGCUCGGCUUUGGUGGUUUCCUCUCUUCAAAUAUUUCGAAAAAAAUAUAGGUGGACCUGUUCCCCGACAGUACGAUUGGCCUCUUCCUUGGCCUCGAAGAUUUCUUACAAAACAUCCUAAUAGGGAUAGUUAAUGUACAUGCUGCCUUUGGGAUGAUCCCUUCAUAUCCGAGGGAGUUAUUUGUUGUGUAUAUAAAGUCACACAAAUGCACAGAAACACACAUCCAUAUAUAUAUAUAUAUAUAGUUUAUUAAAAAAAUUGAGGAGACUGGUCUAUUUUACAAAGAAAUCGACGAAAAAAAGUACGCAUUCACUAUUUUAUAAUACGCUAUGCCAUACUCGUCGCAACGUUUAUUAUGUUCAAAUUUGAGUGCAACUUUCAUUGAUUUUGAUACGAGGUUUAUAGUAGAUAAACUUAUAAAAUCGUUUUUCAUCAAAUUGUUGGAAAAUCAUUCUUUUUGGCAAUAAACUCAAAUCAAA